UUUCCGCCAUGCUAGGAGCAAGGAGGCACGUUCAGGAAUAAAUUCCGCGUUGAGCUCAGCGCCGGGGCUCCGUCCCUACCUCUUGCCGCUGCUUUUCAUCUCCCCGCGAAGAGCCGCCCGGUGCUUGCAGGGGAGGAGAGAGAAGAGACGGGGGGGCUGGGACCGACUACUUAUUCCUCACUCGGCGCGGGAGAGCGGAGCAGGCGGCUCAGUUGCUGGGGGACGGGGGGACUCCACCUCGGCCAGCCACAGGCGGCUCCUCUCGCGGAAAGACAGAGAAGCUCAAGAUCCAUUCAGAGCCUAAAAACUAGUCCGCGGAAAUGUCUGUGAAGUGAGCCAGUUCCCAGGCACAAGAUCAAGGGAUGGUUCGAGGCCUGUCAUGUCUCCUCUCUAAUGUUUUGUCCCUGUGACCCUCUUCAGCAGAGAGAUGCCUAGUUCUGUGCCUGCUCCCGCCAGCCCAGCCUUCUGUGGGUGACACACUCUUGCUGUCCCAGUGAAGGUUAUCUGGGCUGCUGGCGUCAUCACCUUACAAAAGAGAGAGAGAGAGGAGGGAGGAAUGAAUGAAUGAAAUUAUGCUGGCGAAGACAGAGCUGGAACUGAUGUGCAACGACUGAUGCUCUGCAGAUUUUGCCACAAGGCAAGUCAUUCCAGAGCCAACAAGUUCCUCCUUGCAAGCAGAGAGAAGCUGUGCUCUCUUCUCAGCCGCUAGUCUCUCUGCUCAGUGGUGAGCUAGUCUGUGCUCAGUGGGUCUAGAGGGCUUGGGCUGCAGGCUAGAAGACCAAGGGCUACAAUGGAAGAGAAUGUGUUCAGUGUGCAGCAGAUACAGCCCAAUGUCAUUUCAGUGAGACUCUUCAAGCGCAAGGUUGGGGGUCUCGGGUUCCUGGUGAAGGAACGCAUCAACAAGCCCCCAGUAAUCAUCUCCGACCUGAUCCGGGGCGGGGCAGCUGAGCAAAGUGGGCUCAUCCAGGCUGGGGACAUUAUCCUGGCAGUCAAUGGCCGGCCCCUGGUGGACAUGAGCUAUGAGAGUGCCCUGGAGAUCCUGAGGAGCAUCGCCUCAGAGACCUAUGUGGUUCUGAUCCUGAGAGGUCCCGAGGGCUUCACCACUCAUCUGGAGACCACCUUUGCCGGGGAUGGGAUGCCAAAGACUGUUAGAGUAACCAGACCUUUGUGCCCAACUGCCAAAGCGGUCGACUUGUCCAAUCCAAGCAUCCACGGCAGAGAUCUGCAGCAGGGUGCAGACCAUACCAUGGGCUCGGCUAGUUCAGCCUGGGCCAGGGAGAACAGGCAGGAAGCAGAGUCCCUUGUGCACGUCAAUGGUGUGGUUACCAGCACCAAAGGCGAGGACUCUUUGAAGGGAAGGGACAAUGCCAGUGCCAAUUCUUGCCUCAACGGUGGCGUCGAAAACAAUGAGCUGCUAAAAGAAAUAGAGCCAGUCCUGAAACUCCUGAAGAGCGGCAGUAAGGAACUCAACGGAGACACGCCAACCAAGGUGGAGACAAGAGAUAUAGAAGUCCAGGUGGACUGUUUCAGGGAAGUGGACAAGCCCCAGAAACCUGUGCCAGCCGGGAUGGAAAAUGACCGAGUUUUCAAUGACCUGUGGGGGAAGAGCGACACGCCCGUCGUCCUGAACAACCCCUACUCGGAAAAGGAGCAGCCACCGCCAUCUGACAGACAGUCCCCAACUAAGAACUUGGUGAAUGGAAGCCCGUCUAAGUGCCCACGGUUUGCCAAAGUCAAGAAUUGGGAGACUGGCUCCGUGCUUCACGAUACCUUACAUCUCAAGACAGCCAUGGCCAGUGCGUGUACAGAGCAGAUCUGCAUGGGCUCGGUAAUGACGCCCACCCAGCAUAUCCGGAAGCCAGAAGACACCAGGACAAAAGAGCAGCUGCUCUCCUUGGCUAAGGACUUCAUUGAUCAGUACUACUCCUCCAUAAAGAGGUUUGGCUCCAAGGCCCACGUGGAGAGGCUGGAAGAAGUGACCAAGGAGAUUGAAACCACAGACACCUACCAGCUGCGGGACACAGAGCUGAUCUACGGAGCAAAGCACGCCUGGCGUAAUGCAUCCCGCUGCGUGGGCAGGAUUCAAUGGUCCAAGCUACAGGUGUUUGAUGCCCGAGACUGCACCACAGCCCAUGGGAUGUUCAAUUACAUCUGCAACCACAUCAAAUACGCCACCAACAAAGGGAAUCUCAGGUCUGCUAUCACCAUCUUCCCCCAGAGGACAGAUGGCAAGCACGACUUCCGAGUCUGGAAUGCCCAGCUCAUCCGCUAUGCUGGCUACAAGCAGCCAGACGGUACCAUUCUGGGGGACCCAGCCAACAUGGAGCUCACAGAGAUCUGCAUCCAGCAAGGGUGGAAGGCACCCAAGGGGCGAUUUGAUGUCCUGCCACUCCUCCUCCAGGCCAACGGCAAUGAUCCGGAGCUCUUUGAGAUCCCCCCGGAGCUGGUGCUGGAAGUACCCAUCAGGCAUCCCAAGUUUGCCUGGUUUAAGGACCUGGGGCUGAAGUGGUACGGUUUGCCAGCGGUGUCCAGCAUGCUGCUAGAGAUCGGAGGCCUGGAGUUCACUGCCUGCCCCUUCAGUGGCUGGUACAUGGGCACUGAGAUCGGCGUCCGCGAUUACUGUGAUAACUCUCGCUACAACAUGCUGGAGGAAGUAGCCAAAAAGAUGAACCUGGACAUGAGGAAAACCUCCUCGCUGUGGAAAGACCAGGCGCUGGUGGAGAUUAACAUCGCUGUUCUGUACAGCUUCCAGAGCGACAAGGUGACCAUUGUGGACCAUCACUCAGCCACAGAGUCCUUCAUCAAGCACAUGGAGAAUGAGUAUCGCUGCCGCGGGGGGUGCCCUGCCGACUGGGUGUGGAUCGUCCCCCCGAUGUCCAGCAGCAUCACCCCGGUCUUCCAUCAGGAAAUGCUCAACUAUCGGCUCACGCCCUCCUUCGAGUACCAGCCUGACCCUUGGAACACGCACAUCUGGAAAGGGGUCAAUGGGACUCCCACCAAAAAGAGAGCCAUCGGUUUUAAAAAGCUGGCCAAAGCCGUGAAGUUCUCUGCCAAGCUGAUGGGGCAGGCAAUGGCCAAGAGGGUCAAAGCGACCAUCCUCUAUGCCACGGAAACGGGGAAGUCCCAGGUCUAUGCAAAAACCUUAUGUGAAAUCUUCAAGCACGCUUUUGAUGCCAAGGUGAUGUCCAUGGAUGAGUACGACAUAGUCCACCUGGAACAUGAAACUCUCGUCCUGGUGGUCACGAGCACCUUCGGCAACGGAGACCCACCGGAGAAUGGGGAGAAAUUCGGCUGUGCGAUGAUGGAAAUGAGGAAUCCCAACUCUCACCUGGAAGAGAGGAAGAGCUACAAGGUCCGUUUUAACAGCGUCUCCUCUUACUCGGACGCACGGAAGUCUUCGAGCGACGGGCCCGAAGCCAGGGACAACUUUGAGAGCACAGGGCCUCUGGCUAAUGUCAGGUUCUCGGUGUUCGGUCUAGGAUCGCGUGCCUACCCCCACUUCUGCGCCUUUGCCCGUGCCGUUGACACCCUGCUGGAGGAGCUGGGAGGGGAGCGCAUCCUCCGCAUGGGGGAGGGGGAUGAGCUCUGUGGCCAGGAAGAGUCUUUCAGGACAUGGGCCAAAAAGGUUUUCAAGGCAGCGUGCGACGUGUUCUGUGUGGGAGACGACGUGAACAUUGAGAAGGCCAACAACUCCCUCAUCAGCAACGACCGGAGCUGGAAGAGGAGCAAGUUCCGCCUGACCUACGUGGCUGAGGCCCCCGAGCUCACGCAAGGUCUGUACAGUAUUCACAAAAAGCGAGUCUAUGCCGCCCGGCUUCUCACGCGCCAGAAUCUGCAGAGCCCAAAAUCCAGUCGGUCAACGAUUUUCCUGCGACUUCACACCAACGGGCAGCAGGAGUUGCGCUACCAGCCUGGAGACCACCUGGGAGUGUUUCCAGGCAACCACGAGGACUUGGUCAGUGCCCUGAUGGAGAGACUCGAGGAUGCACCCCCAGCCAACCAGCUGGUGAAGGUGGAGCUCUUGGAGGAGAGGAGCACAGCUUUAGGUGUCAUCAGUAACUGGACGGAUGAGAACCGCAUCCCACCCUGCACCAUCUUCCAGGCGUUUAAGUGCUACCUGGACAUCACCACGCCUCCCACCCCGCUGCUGCUGCAGCAGUUUGCCUUACUGGCCACCAGCGACAAGGAGAAGAAACGUCUGCAGGUCCUUAGCAAGGGCUUGCAGGAGUACGAGGAAUGGAAAUGGUCCAAGAACCCCACCAUAGUGGAGGUGCUAGAGGAGUUCCCAUCUGUGCAGAUGCCCUCCACCCUGCUGCUCACCCAACUGCCCGUGCUGCAGCCUCGCUAUUAUUCCAUCAGCUCCUCCCCCGACAUGUCCCCGGACGAGGUGCACCUCACCGUGGCCGUGCUCUCCUACCGCACUAGAGAUGGGGAAGGACCGAUCCACCACGGGGUCUGUUCCUCCUGGUUCAACCGGAUACAGGCUGAUGAAGUUGUGCCCUGUUUUGUAAGAGGAGCUCCUGGGUUCCACAUGCCACAAGAUCCCCAGGUUCCCUGCAUCCUGAUUGGCCCAGGUACGGGAAUCGCCCCGUUCCGGAGUUUUUGGCAGCAGCGGCUCUUUGAAAUCGAGCACAAAGCACUGAAGCCCUGUCCGAUGAUUUUGGUCUUUGGGUGCCGACAGUCCAAGAUCGACCACAUUUACAAAGAGGAGACCCUCCUAGCCAAAAACAAAGGCAUCUUCAAAGAGCUGUACACAGCCUAUUCCCGGGAACCAGACAAACCAAAGAAAUACGUGCAGGACGUGCUGCAGGAGCAGCUGGCUCAGUCUGUGUACAAAGCGCUGAAGGAGCAGGGAGGCCACAUCUACGUGUGCGGGGACGUCACCAUGGCCGGGGACGUCUUCAAGGCCAUUCAGCGCAUCGUGAAGCAGCAGGGGCAGCUGUCCGUGGAGCAGGCUGGCGCUUUCAUUAGCAAGCUGAGGGAUGACAACCGAUACCACGAGGAUAUUUUUGGAGUCACCUUGCGUACAUAUGAAGUGACUAACCGCCUUCGAUCUGAGUCGAUUGCGUUCAUUGAGGAAAGCAAAAAGGACACGGAUGAGGUUUUCUGCUCAUAACCGGAACCCCUUGCCCCAGACGGGAUGCCAAACCAGCUGCAGUGGCAGCCACCCCCCUCCAGCCGGAGGGCGCUGGGUUUUGUAUUUACACGGACACGGCGGCUCCUUUUCUGCGGGACCUGCCCACGGAAAGUGCUCUGUCUCUCGUCCUGUCGUCGUGUCCCGAUGAUGAUGAUUUCCCUUUCCUUUCUCUCUCUGUCGUCCUGUGGCGGUUUCUUUUCACUCCUUGUUCCCCUCCUCGGAGUCCCCCGCUGAAGUGCGAUGGCUUUAUAAUCCGCAGUGGCUCUUACGAAACUACGUUUCUUCUUCGCUCGGUCCGACGAGGGCGUGUCGCGGCUGCAUGAAAUCACCACCUUCGUGAUCAUCUGCAUUCUUUGGUGUUUGGGGGGGUGGGGCUGGAGCGGGGGGGUCCGGGCAGUGAGGACUGGAGAAAAGCUGUUUUGCCCGAGACCCCUUUCCCCACCUCGACGUGGCACUUGGCUGAAUCGCUGCAUCUUCCUCGCUUUGCUUUGGCCGCUCCGGGCCUGGCCCAGGGGGAAGUUGGAUGGAAAGGAAGUGCUGCCCUGCCCCCUUUCUUGCUGUUGAUGGAGGCACCAGAGCUUUGUUCUGUUUGAGGGGUGGGGUUCGUCUGUGUUCAAUGGGUAACAAUUCACCUAAGUGAGCUCUGUGCUGUUUGUAUCAUCAGCCCCACACCCCACCCCCUCUUGGCUCCGUCCUCAGUGUCCUCUUGCCUGUGUGCCCUGUGCUGAUACUGCUGGUGCAAAAGUCUUCACGGGCAGUGUGCGGGUGCAGGCUGGUGCUUCUGCAAAGGGGCAGCACGGGGGUGCUCUCUGGUCACGGGGAAGCAGGGGAUGUACUGCCCACUCUGCAUCCAAACCUCCCCAGCCUGCAAUGGGAGUUAAGGGUAAAUGUGGCCAGCCGGCAUGAGAGGGCUACAGAUUAGCUGAGAUCCCUGGAGGAAAGAUUGUGACUCGGGCGUGGGUUGCGUCCUGUAGCUUCCCUGGAUUAACAGGGCGCUGGCGGUGGGCACGUGAGUCCUCUCCAGCAAGGCAGGAGAACAUGUAAGGCGACAAGGCUGGGAGGCGGAGUAGCUCUGAAGCCAUCUCUGCCCAGGUCCAAGCAGCACCUGCUUAUAAAAAAGGUUGAUAGGAAGCCAGCAAGUAGCCGCUCUAUGGGGUCUACUGCGGCCAUUCCUGACCCCUGGUACCAGGCCUUCUGGGAGCCCCAUGUAACGCCCCAUUAAAUGAGUAACAGUUGCCUUGAAUAUUCAAAGCAUGGCAAGUCUGUCCUAGUGCGAUCUUGUGAGAUGUCCUUUCUCAGCAACGCCCCCCCCCUCCCCUCCAGGAGCUGCAAAGCUCUCGUGGUGCCAGGCUGGCUGCAACGGCCCCGGGUACCUCCACUCUGCAAAAAGCCCCAAAUCCUCUCCAUGCCCACUCUGCCUGCUGCAUGCACGGUGCCAUUGUUCAAAUUGCACAAGGCCUCUGGGCCGGGAGCUCUCAGGAGAGAGGGGGAGCAAGCCCGAGAAGAGAGGCACUGGUGCUGUCUAAUGCCAGGCUCUGAGGUGCUGACCGCUCAGAUCCACUGCACAGAUACAGCCCCGGGAGAGACUCUUACAGGAACUGCUACAGAGCUAUUUGGGCAUAAGCUUUUGUGGGUAAAAACCCACAAAAGCUUAUGCCCAAAUAAAUCUGUUAGUCUUUAAGGUGCCACCAGACUUGUUGUUUUUGUAGAUACAGACUAACACGGCUACCCCCUGAUACUUGCUACAGAGCCGGCAGCCCCUGAGAGUCACUCCCCUUUUCUAGGUAGGAACUUUGCCACCCACCCCAGGCCGUCUCUCUCUCUCUGUUUUGGGGGUUGGGGGGGCUUUCUCUAGUUGCCAGGUUCUUCAGGGGUGUUGGGAGCCCUAGUCCCUUCCCCCACCUGCACUGUAUGUAGCCAUCCACUGUGUCUAGACUGAGGCAGCAACAGCAAACUGGUGCCUUCAGGUAGGCACUGGCCCCCCCUCCUGCCGACAGCAUAGGGAAUUGCCGCCGGAGGGGGACAGGACUUGGGCACAGCAAAGGUGGAGGGUCCCCACAACCGCUGUCACCGAGGGGUUGUUUUCAGAGCCCAGGACCUGCCACUGGCUCCCCCUGAGCCAAGCUUCUAACAGAGUGAGUCCAGCAAGGUCGGAAGCCUCCCCCAGCCUAAGUGUGACUUGGCAGCUGGGCUGCUCGACCUCAGCUCGUGUUCACUGGUCUCACGCUACGCAGUGACCACGUGGUUGCUUUGGUUUUGCUGCCUAGACCCUCCAGUGUUGGUAGGCGCUUGUGUGUGCUGCCACUGACACAGCAACGUCCCUGAUCUUUACCUUCCUGCCCACCCCAGAUGGAUCUGAUCCAAAACCCUGGGCCCAGAGGCCCCAGCACUUUGGGAAAGCUCCACUCCAGGUUUUUUGCUGCCCCAAUCCAUCUCUUCUGUGUGUAUUGCUCAACUAAGAGCCAGCAGGACUUUAAAUAGGGACAUGCACAAAUGCUGCCACCUUGUGGUAAUUUGCAUGCACGCUGUUCUGGGAGGGUGGCCCAAUGUGUUGCCCUAGGAGGAUGAAUGAAGAUCCCCGGCUAAGCCCCUGUUCAGUUACGAAAUCACGGCUGUAGUGUGGUUACAAGUGAUACGGUUCAAUUUGCAGCAGCGACUGUAUGUCUGCACCCGCCCUGCUGCCUCUCAGUGUUUGCCCCCAGUGUGUUCUGAACAGCUGCCCCGCACUGCCUCCGCAAGGACCACCGGGCCAUGGGGACAUGCACACAGCGCUGCUCAUGGAGAAAUGGAUUCUGGGCUGUCCCACUGCACAGAGUGCUGGGCUGAAGGAGACCAGCCCGACGAGGGGGAGUAGGGGCUCCUGUCUACACUGCACACCCCCAAGGUGCUAAGCCAGUUGCACCAGCCUAGGUCCCUGGCAGGGAGCAGGUGUGGUUAGCUGCCGUGGUUACUAACCAGGUGGUGUGCAGGCAUCAACCACAGCUGGAGCCAUCAGUACCAUGUGCUGGUUACAAACCCUGGUCACUGUUGUGUAACCGGGGCCUAGAGCUCGAGCCAGCUGCAGGGAGCUCUUCAGUGGGGCCGAGAGCUCAGGCAGGCACUGACCCUUCCAGCCGCAUGUCCUGGUCCCCUGGAAGCCAAUGGGAGGAGAGAAUGAAGAACACAUCAAGGGCAGAAGGAUGCCUUUGCUCGAGAUUGUGCCUCACAAAUCUGUGUAGGGAUCCAGCCCCUGGGGGCGGGGGAAGAGAUGACAGAUCCUUCACUCCGCCCUUCGCCCCUCCACCAUCCCACACACUGGGGAAGUUUGGCUCUGGCUCCAGCACACACCAAGCUGACCUUUCUGUAAGGUGCCAGAGCAAAACCCGGCAUCUCCCUUCAGCCCACCCCACACAAACCUUGGGGAGAGUUUGAAUUUGGAUCCAAACUUUGCGCCAGGCCCAUCUUUCCUGGAAAUAUCAAUGCAAAGGAAUGCCCAAAGACAUAUCCUUCACCCCUUCCUCUUUUCGCCUGUGUCCUUCGCGUUCAUUUUCCCAUUCAGUCCUGUAACAGCCCCGCUCUGGAAUUAGCUUUGCUGGUACCGAUGCUCCCUGUCUGUAUCUGACAAGAGAGGCUGGCUUUGGCAGGAUGGGUUGUGUCUCCUCCUGUCCAAUAUACCCAUGAGCCACGCUAAAAACGCAGCAAGUGCAGCCAUGGAGGAGCCUCAGCUCACGUCUUACUCCAAAGGGUUAACAGCCAGGUGGGUCCUUACUAGAGCUGGUCAAGACUGUUUGAAUUUGCAAAUUGUGCAUGAAAAAUGCUCCCCAUUUUUUCUGACCAGCUCCACGCUUUACCUUAGACUGACGAGCCACUAAGUCUCAGCUCCACAGCGACCAUCCCCGAGGCUUUGCCUCCGCACAGCAGCUUCUUGGAAGUUUAGAUAGGGGGCAAUAUACAGGCCAGUCUUUAUAUUACAGCACCCUAGAGAAGGGGAGCAAAUAACAAGAUCACUUUCUGCUCCCAAAGAAUUUACAAUCUAAGAUGACAAACCACAGCAGCAGGAGAAGCUUCUCCCCGCUAUAUCUUACCCCUAAUCUAUACUCAAUAGUGAUUAGUUAUUGACCUCUGUUAAUUCCCCAUUUCACUAUUAUUCCCCUCCCUUAUCAAUUCACACCCUUAGCCUGUUACCAAUUAACCGACUGGCCUUCCUGCACCUCUCACUGGAGAGACCUUCCUAGCAUCCAGCCCGUGCUCAGCCACGCAAAAGGGGGGAGUAGCUCUUUAGUAAAGGUAGGUUCUGGUGAUGGCAAUGGGACACGAAGCACCUAAAGCUAGGAGGAUGCUAAUGCUCUGGGGACUUGCUCCCCUUCUAGCUGGCUCUCUCCAGCGAUGAUCCCAGCCCAUGGAGAGACUGAGGGAUGCAGAGAGCAAGGAACUUCACCUUAAAGAGCCAAAUUCUGCUCUCAGAUGUGUCGGUCAAUUCCCACAGGAAUCAAUGGCAGUCAAUUUAUACCGGCCUAAAUGGCAGCAGAAGUUGGCCUAUGUUCUGAGCCCCGUUCUGCAAUCAUUUACCCGGAGCGCUGUGUGAAUAGGAAGAGUUUGCAGGACCAGCUCUUUAGAAGCAGCAGCGUGUACACACUGGGCACAAUCUCUAUAUGACACAUACAGUGCACGGAGGCCUUGUUAUUACUGAUGGGAGGCCAAGGGGGUGUCCUUGCUGAGGUGUCUGUGAGCUUAGCCAAAUACACCGGGCUAGAUGCUAAGCUUCUGUAAAUCUAUCUAGCACCAUUAGAGUGCGUAGAGUUGCUCUGAUUUACCCCAGUGGAGGAUCUUCUCCAGGGGUUGCUGAUAUUCUGAGAAGGAGAACUUUAUGGUCUCUGGUAAUGGUGCUGCUACUGUCAGGCUCCAUAGAUGUGGCUAUUGCUAGAGUGAGAUCUGUUGCUGGGUUUGGAAUUAUUAUUAUCAUUUCUGAAUUACCCGCAGAGUUCCCUAGAGGAUCAUGGCCCUUCUCAGGACAGACAGAGAUGGGUGGCGCUCAGCAUGGCCCUAAUUUUGCUUCUGCGGGGAGUUUCAGCACUGGCAUCAGCGCUAGCAGAGUUAAGGCCACGCUGAGUGCUUAUGAAAUCCCACCCCCAAUCAGCACUGCAUUGAGAUUGCAGAAUCUUGUGAGGUACUAAGGACCCCCAACGUCCAUUGGCUUUGGUGGGAGACAGGGCGAUCGUCACUCUGCAGCAUCGGGCCUGAGGGCAGUAGCAGUUACAGUGAUUACAGCUUUGCAUGCACCAAUGCAUUAUUCCCUAAUAAUCUUGUUCCAAAUCUAUCCCAGGAUCUGGAAUUUCAGCUCUGGCUUCUCCCAUACAACUUUUAUUUACUAAAACUUCAGGGGUGAUGGGAAAAGCUAAUGAGAUAGUGGAUUUAAAGCGCUUCGUUCCAGGACUGAAAUGGGCUCUAGUGGGGUCAGUGUUUUCUGGGUUUUGCUAAAGAUAUGAGGAUGGCAUCUGAACUUUUUAAACAUCACAGUAUGUGCCUAUCUUCUCCCUGCUGAGUCAGUGUUACAACACGGCCUGGACUCUAAAAUGCCCCAGACUGGUGCUGUUGCCUAUAAGGGCCAAUGACGAGAAGCCGCAAAGCUCAUUUCAAACGUUGUUUAUAGACUCUCUGCUGCUGAGAUCUGCUUACGGUGACUUGCUGAUCACACAUGAGGGUACCUUUCUUUCUCAUUCAUGUCACUAAGUGUGGGCAAGAUUGUGUGGGCACAACUCAAAGGCAGUCAAACCAUCUGUGUAUGGGUCCCCCGCUGGUUUAAGGGAUCCCACAGGCUAGUUCUUUGCAGCAGCUUGCUCUGAAUCACCACUGAAUAGAGCUAGUUGAAAAAUUGUCUAUAUGUGGGGGUGGGACUGGGUUUCCAUGGAAAAUGUGGAUUUUGUUGGGUGGGGGGGCUGGCAGAAAUUCAAAUACUGAAAACUUUGAAAACAAAUCUUUUGGGUUUGAGGCAUUGGUUUUUUGAUGAAAAUCAAAAAUUUCCAUGGAAAGUGGGCACUUUGAGCCCCCCUCCAAAAAAAAAAUAGUUUACUCAAAAACUCAAUUCUCCAACCAGAAAAACAGCUCUGACAGAAAAUUUUCAACCAGCUCUGCUUGGGAAGGCAGCAAAACCGACAAUAAAUGCAGCAACCCCUGCCCCAUCUGCUCGGGCAUUUACCCUGAGUCUGAAAGAAAUGGGUUUUUUUUAAGUCGUGUUCAAAAAAUGUAAAAGUUUGUGUUUCCACAAGUGCCAACCAACAAGCAGCUUUAGCUUUACUAAUGAGGUUCCAGACGUUUCGCAUGUGUGUGAACUGCUCCCAUCGAUUCCAGUGCGAGCUGAUUGCACCCAUCCAAGGCUGGGUUUGGCUCCGCUAAAGAGUACAGAGUUCAUAGCAGAAUCCAGUCACUUCAUUUCAGAAACAACUGCAGCCCACUG